UGCAGUUUGACAUACAUGGGAGUAGCUGUUAUGCUCUUGCUCCUGGAAAUGUGGUUGUGCAGCCUGACUUUAAAGAAACUGGUAGUCUUAAAGGAAUUGGAUAAAGAGCUCAUACCUGUGGUCAUUGCAGUUAAAAUGCAGGGUUCUAAACGAAUACUUCGGUCUCAUGAAAUUGUGCUGCCCCCGAGUGGACACGUGGAAACGGAACUUGCACUAACUUUUUCACUACAGUAUCCUCACUUCUUGAAACGAGAGGGCAACAAGCUUCAGAUCAUGCUGCAAAGGAGGAAGCGAUACAAAAACCGAACCAUCCUAGGCUACAAGACUUUAGCAGUGGGCUCCAUUAAUAUGGCUGAGGUUAUGCAGCACCCUACUGAAGGAGGUCAGGUUCUGAGCCUUUUCAGUAACAUCAAGGAAGCUACAGCCAAAGUAGCAGAGAUAUGGAUUUUCUCACUGUCCAGUCAGCCCAUAGACCAUGAAGACAGCGCUAUGCAGGCCAGCCAAAAAAUCAAGUCCACAGAUAACUAUUCUGAAGAAGAGUAUGAGAGCUUCUCCUCUGAGCAAGAAGCUAGCGAUGAUGCUGUCCAGGGACAGGAUUUGGACGAUGAUGAAUAUGAGCUGGGGAAGCCAAAGAAGCAGCGGAGAUCGAUAGUAAGAACGACGUCCAUAACCAGGCAACAAAACUUCAAACAGAAAGUGGUGGCGUUGCUGAGAAGGUUCAAAGUGUCUGAUGAAGUUCUGGAUUCAGAGCAGGACCCAGCAGAGCACAUCCCAGAAGCUGAGGAAGACUUGGACCUUCUGUAUGAUACACUGGAUAUUGAAAACCCCAGUGACAGUGGUCCUGAAAUGGAAGACGAUGAUAGCGUCCUCAGCACUCCUAAACCAAAGUUAAAACCUUACUUUGAAGGCCUGUCACACUCCAGCUCCCAGACAGAAAUUGGUAGCAUCCACAGUGUCCGGAGCCAGAGAGAGCCCUCCAGUCCUCAGGUAGAAGUGCCUGAAAAAGCAAAGAGUCUUGGAAGCAAGCAUCCAAGCAACAGCAUCUCUGACACUGUGUCUUACGAGUCAAAUCAGCAAGUGGAGACCCAGGAGGCUGACCUCCCCAUGUCAGAUGUCUUCAUCGAGAAGCUCCCACCUAGUGGAAAAAUCACAAAGACGGAGUCCCUCAUUAUCCCUUCCACCAGGCAAGAAUGUCUCCUUUGUCAGACGAUGAAGUCUAUAGAGUUGGGACUGCUGGGCUCCCCUCUGUACCUCCUUGUCUCAGCCAGCCAUCCUGACUUCAGGUCUUUGAGGGGACAUGAAGGUGACCAUAGAUGGAUGGAACAAAUCGCCUUAAGACUCAUCAAUGAGUUAUGCAGGCCAGAAGGGAAGCAAGCUGGCCGUCGGGGGAGAAGCACUUCUUUGAAGGAAAGGCAACCAGUGAGGCCACAGAACGAAAGAGCAAACAGCUUGGACAAUGAGCGCUCACCAGAUACCAGGCACCACUUGCAGAUCCCAAGGAAGACUGUGUAUGAUCAGUUGAAUCACAUCCUGAUUUCGGAUGACCAACUGCCAGAAAAUAUUAUUCUGGUUAAUACUUCUGACUGGCAGGGCCAGUACCUCUCAGAUGUGUUGCAAAAACAUACCCUCCCUGUAGUCUGCACAUGCUCUUCUGCUGAUAUUCAGGCGGCUUUCAGCACCAUAGUCUCCAGGAUACAAAGAUACUGUAACUGCAAUUCUCAACCUCCAAAUCCAAUUAAAAUUGCAGUGGCUGGAGCCCAGAAUUACCUCAGUGCUGUAUUGAGACUCUUUGUAGAGCAGCUGUCUCACAAAACCCCAGACUGGCUCAGCUACAUGAGGUUUUUGAUCAUCCCGCUAGGGUCUCAUCCUGUAGCAAAGUACCUGGGCUCUGUAGAUUAUAGAUACAACAACUUCUUCCAAGACUUAGCCUGGAGAGAUUUGUUUAACAAACUUGAAGCACAGACCACUGUUCAGGACACACCUGAUAUCGUCUCAAGAAUAACCCAGUACAUAGCGGGGGCAAACUGUGCACAUCAGUUGCCGAUUGCAGAAGCAAUGUUGACAUACAAGCAGAAAAGCCCUGAUGAAGAAUCCUCCCAGAAGUUCAUUCCCUUCGUUGGGGUGGUAAAGGUUGGAAUAGUGGAACAGUCCUCGGCUACAUCAGGUGAUUCCGAUGACGCAGCUCCCUCUAGUUCCAGUGUCCUUUCCUCUACCCCACCUUCUGUGUCUCCUGCUGUGAAGGAAGCUUCCCCCACCCCACCUUCUUCGCCGUCUGUUACUGGCAGCUUCACUUCCUCCAGCCAGAGCCUUGGUGCUGAGCUGAUGGGACUGCAGGUGGAUUACUGGAUUGCAGUUCAGCCCACAGACAAAAAGAGAGAUCCAGAGAAGAAGGACCCUUCCACUACCAAAAACACACUGAAAUGCACUUUCCGGUCUCUCCAGGUCAGCAGGUUACCCACAAGUGGCGAAAUCACCACUGUUCCGACAAUGUCCAUGACAGUCGUGACGAAGGAAAAAAACAAAAAGGUGAUGUUUUUGCCCAAGAAAACAAAAGACAAGGAGCUUGAAUCCAAGAGUCAAUGCAUUGAAGGAAUUAGUAGGUUGAUUUGCACAGCAAAACAUCAGCAGAAUAUGCUGCGGGUCCUGAUUGAUGGCGUCGAGUGGAACGAUGUGAAGUUCUUUCAGCUGGCAGCGCAAUGGUCCUCCCAUGUCAAGCACUUUCCCAUCUGCAUAUUUGGACACUCCAAAUCCAAUUUCUAGCCGCUUUCAGCAGAAGGGCUUUUUGCCUGUCUGGAGACUGCACGCCCGCCCAGGAGCCAGGAAUCUGAGUGCCAACUCUGACUCAAGUCACUCUGCUCUCUCUCCUGCAGAUUACUUACAGAUGUGCUUGGAUUACUUUUGAAUUACUUUUUUCUAUUAAUUCCUGAGUUUACUACAAGGGAAGGAAACCCCUUAAAAGCAAAGCAAAAAAAAAAUCCCAGUCUUAAAGUAGAAAUGUGCUGAUAACAUGGAAAUUAAUAGGGCAACCUCCAGAAGUGGAGCGACUUGCCUGAAACCUCCUAGAACUUAAGAGCAGAUAGCUGAAUAACUGCACUGCUUAUUAACCUGAAACCUCAUUGGUGUGUUUGGGGCUGGGGGUUCUGGAUUGGGUUAAAUGUUUUUUGUGAGUUGCUGGAGGAAGGGGUGCAGGUGGUUGGGUGCAGGUGCUAUGACCUCCCUCAAAUUUCUGUGGAGAAAUUUCCAACACUUUUUCUGUCCUGCCCCUGAAAGAGUCAAGAGUAGUCUGGUACCAAAUAGCUUGUAUGCCAAGACUGAAGUAUGGGUCUGUCAAAAAAACCCCAACUCAGUAGAAUAGGGGAGAGACUAGAAAUUGUCCACAGGGAGGGCACUUCAGCAUGGUGGUGCUGAAGUCCAGCUAUUGAAAUGGGCAGGUUUGUUCAUUCUCAUGCCUGACUAAGCUUGGGCCGAGACUGAAGUGUAUGACACUAAGUUAGUUCAAGGAAAUCCCAUUGUCCCAGAUUAUCCCAUAACCAAACCAAGCCAGUCACGAUGCCCCCUGCAGCUGGACGCUGCAGUUGAAGAACACCAAUUCAGUGGGGUUGCUGCUAUUUAGUUUUUCACACAGGUUAUUUACUUGUCAAUAAAACGUUGUCCAGUCUCUGAAGGGAAUGGAUACUUUUGUAGCUGCA